UCUAGAGAGAGAGAGAGAGAGUGGAAGUUAAGCAUAAACCCUAAAACCCCUCAAAUCUCUAUCGGAGCUCUUCACUGUGAUCCGGCAAGAUGAUGCGAGCAGCUAAGCUCAAACCUCUCUCGUCGUCAUCGGUCGAUUCCUUGGCCUACCAGUUCUUCCAACGAUGCUCCGUCAGCGGAACUGCGAAAGGGAAAGCGAAGAUCAAGCAAGGCCAGCAGCUGAAGCGCUCUAAGAUCACCAUGAAGAAAGGCGGCGGCGCCGACGCCGGCAAGGGCGCCACCAAGAGGGGCCCGUCCGAGGCAGAGGCGCUCGUCGACGCGUGCCUCAAUGCGCCGACGCCGCUCAGGCACUUGACCCCCAAGGAGAAAGCCCGGGAGGCCGAGCGCGAGAAAAUGGGGCUCAUCAGCAAAGAACGACAGCGUGAGCUCGACAUGUUGAAGAAGGGGAAGGAGAAAUUAGGCGUAUCAGAUAAGCCUGGGAUCAUAGGGACUCCGGGAUUGGAUCUGAUCACGCUAGGAUUAGUCGAUGCGGAUAAGAUACCGAAGUACGAGCUCACCGUUGAGGAUGGGAGGAGGCUGGCGAAGGAGUACAGUAGGGUUCUCAUGAGGAAGCAUAGGGCAAGGCAGGCGGCGGAGACUACGUUGCUUCGGCUGAAGAAAGAGGCCAUCGAAGCGUUGCCCGAGCAUCUGAAGGCCUCGGCAUUGGUCCCGGAUUUGACUCCUUUCCCGGCGAAUCGGUUCAUGGCGACUCUGACUCCACCUAUUGAAGGUUACAUUGAGAGGGUCAAGGAGGCUGCUAAGAAGGACCCGGCAAAGGAGAGGCGCAGAUGAUGGAAGUCCCCGAUUCGUUAUAAGGGCUUGGGCGUCUUCAGCUACAGAUUUGACGGUCUUGGAGCCGGUACGUUUAACUUUAGAUCUCAUAGCUUCCGCAAUCAGAUGAAUUGUUGGGAUGGAACUCCAAGAUAAAGUACUUGGCAUGUGGGAGAGAUCCUCAUUAUAACCCUAUCAAUAAGGAGCAGCCACAAUCAAAAUAGGGGCCUGAGUGGGAUUACUAUUUCUUUGGUAAAGUGCGAGCCACUUCAGCGGAGAGACGAAAGAUGUGAAUUGAGUCAUUCCCGCUCACUCAACCACUACUUUGGUUGUUCUGUUCCACUGUUGCAAUCCGAUGUUGUCUAUGUGGAAAUUUGUGAAUCGACGAAAAAAAGAUUCAGUUUCGUUUGUAUAAGUGAUCGGUCAGUUCUAUGAACAUUUUCUGAACGUCAUAAUGAAAUUUAGGUUAGCUUCUCCCGCAGUUGUGUGAACCGGGUUUCUUCGCCCA